GUCGGUGCGCAUUACGCACUGGACCUUAAAAACAUAUGAUGACUUCCGGUUUGAUAUAACUGCAGUGAUUGACAGAUCUAUCAUCUAUCAUGAAUGAGGAGAUGUCAGAGGACCCUGUGGGCAGACGUGUGUGUUGUGAUGGUGAAAGAGGAACUGUGCGUUACGUAGGAACAGUUCCUCCAACUGCAGGUUUAUGGUUAGGAGUGGAGUGGGAUAAUCCAGACAGAGGAAAACAUGAUGGAAGCCACGAUGGAGUCCGAUACUUUACCUGCAGACACCCAACAGGAGGCUCAUUUGUGCGACCUAAAAAGGCCGAUUUUGGGAUUGAUUUUUUGACGGCUUUGAAACAGCGUUACGAGGUGGAAGUACAGGAGGUUUUUGGAGGAGAAGAGGUGAAGAUCUCCACUAAAACUGUGAUGAUGGUUGGAUUUGAGGACGUGAAACAGAAACAGAGCUUGGAAAAUCUGACAGAAGUCGGUCUCAGGAGGUGUAAGGUGUCCAGUUCAGGCCCUGCGAAUGAGAUCAGAAACACCACUCCACUUGCUGAAUCUCUGGAUCUUUCUGGGAAUCUGCUGAGCUCAUGGGAGGUGUUGGCUGCUAUUACAGAACAGUUGGACUUUUUGCAGGUUCUGCAGCUCAGUCAUAACAGGUUAAGCAUUCCCAGUAACCCCACAAGUUUAAGCCCCGCCUUUUCCUGUCUAAGAGUGCUGUCACUCAACAGCUGUGCACUCACCUGGUCUGAGGUUCUGUAUUGCGCCCCCAUGUGGCAGCAGUUAGAGGAGCUUUAUCUGGCUGAUAAUGACAUUACAGAAUUACUCCGACCAGUUGAUGUUUUACAAACUUUAAAAGUUCUGGAUUUGAGCAAAAAUCUGAUCCUUCAGGAGACACUAUUAGAAAUCUCACAUUUAACUAGGCUGGAGAAACUGAAUCUGUCUUGUACGGGUCUGUCUGUGAUUCACUUCAGCGAUACACCUUCAGGCAACAAGACAUCAUCGUUUCCUGCAUUAAAGACCCUUUUACUAGAUGACAACAAUAUUUCUGAGUGGACUGUAGUUAAUGAACUGGAGAAACUUCAGUCUCUGGUCCAGCUGUCAUGUAGGAGGAAUCCAGUGAUACAGAAAGAGAAGAAUGCAGAAACUGCUCGACAGAUCUUCAUCGCUCGUCUGAGUCAGCUGGACUUGCUCAACAUGCAUCAGAUUCACGCAGAUGAACGGAAAGGUGCAGAGAUUGAUUUCUGUAAGAUGUUUGGAUCUGCAUGGCUCAAGUCUGGAGGUCACAGGGACCCUGAGAAAAACCACCCGAGUGCAGAAUUUAUGACACAACAUCCUCGAUAUCUUCAACUCAUUCAGAAGUACGGUGCUCCAGAUGAAGGCGAGCUGAAGGAACAGAAGCCGUUUGCAUUAAAGAAUCAGUUAUUGACCUUAACGUUCGUUUGUCCUGAAGACGCAGACAAGAAACCCAUUGAGAAGAAGGUUCCAGAUUCAAUGAUUAUUCAGAAGGUGAAAGGUUUGUUGCAUCGACUGCUGAAGUUACCUGGAGUUGAGUUCAGACUCACUUACACCUGCUCAAAGAUGGCCGGCAGAGAGAUCGAGAUCGACAAUGAUCUAAAGCCUCUGCAGUUUUACUCUGUGGAAGAUGGUGAUCGGAUUUUGGUGCGCUGGUCCUGAUGAAGACAUCUGAACAUCACACAUCAUCUCCUGACAUCAUCACACCUGACAUCUUACAAAAACUAACACAAUAAUGUAUUUAUAUGUCUCUAUAGGAUCAUCCCCUGUAUAUAAUAAAUAACAACAUUAUGUGACGUAUCUACAAGUUUACAAUCACUUACAUUAAACAACAGUGAAUUUA